CUCUGCCCGCAGUCGCCGCGCCUUCCAUGGGGGUCGCGGGCCUUGGCUGCCCCUGGGCGGCCCGGGCGCUGCUGCCGCUGCUGCUGCCGCUGCUGCUACCGCUGCUGCUGACGGCGGCUGUCCCGCCCGGUUGGGGCCGCGCCACGGGGCCGCCAGAGGAUGUGGAUGAGUGUGCCCAGGGGCUAGACGACUGCCACACCAAUGCCCUGUGUCAGAACACACCCACCUCCUACAAGUGCUCCUGCAGGCCUGGCUACCAAGGGGAGGGCAGGCAGUGUGAGGAUAUUGAUGAAUGUGAAAAUGAACUCAAUGGAGGCUGUGUCCAUGACUGUUUGAACAUUCCCGGCAAUUAUCGCUGCACUUGUUUUGAUGGCUUCAUGUUGGCUCAUGACGGUCAUAAUUGUCUUGAUGUGGACGAGUGCCUGGAGAACAAUGGCGGCUGCCAGCACACCUGUGUCAACGUCAUGGGAAGCUACGAGUGCCGCUGCAAGGAGGGCUUUUUCCUGAGUGACAAUCAGCACACGUGCAUUCACCGCUCAGAAGAGGGUCUGAGCUGCAUGAAUAAGAAUCACGGCUGUAGUCACAUCUGCAAGGAGGCCCCGAGGGGCAGCGUUGCCUGCGAGUGCAGGCCUGGUUUUGAGCUGGCCAAGAACCAGAGAGACUGCACCUUGACCUGUAACCAUGGAAACGGCGGAUGCCAUCACUCCUGUGAGGACACUGCUGCAGGCCCAGAGUGUAGCUGCCAUCCCCAGUACAAGAUGCACACGGAUGGAAGGAGCUGCCUUGAGCGAGAGGACGCUGCCCUGGAGGUGAUGGAGAGCAAUGCCACAUCCAUGGCAGAUGGGGAUAAACGGGUGAAACGGCGCCUGCUCAUGGAAACGUGUGCUGUCAACAACGGAGGCUGUGAUCGCACCUGUAAGGAUACUUCGACAGGUGUUCAUUGCAGUUGUCCCGUCGGAUUCAGUCUCCAGUUGGAUGGGAAGACCUGUAAAGAUAUUGAUGAGUGCCAGACGCGCAAUGGAGGUUGCGAUCAUUUCUGCAAAAACACCGUGGGCAGUUUUGACUGCAGCUGCAAAAAGGGAUUUAAAUUAUUAACAGAUGAGAAGUCUUGCCAAGAUGUGGAUGAAUGCUCUUUGGAUAGGACCUGUGACCACAACUGCAUCAACCACCCUGGCACGUUUGCAUGUGCUUGCAACAAAGGGUACACCCUCUAUGGCUUUACCCACUGUGGAGACACGAAUGAGUGCAGCGUCAACAACGGAGGCUGUCAGCAGGUCUGCGUGAACACCGUGGGCAGCUACGAAUGCCGGUGCCACUCUGCGCACAAGCUCCACUGGAAUAAAAAAGACUGUGUGGAAGUGGAGGGGGUCCUGCCCACUAGCGUAUCACCCCACGUGUCCCUGCAGUGUGGUAAGAGUGGUGGAGGAGACAGGUGCUUCCUCAGAUGUCUCUCUGGCAUUCACCUCUCUUCAGGACUGCAAGAGGCCUAUUCUGUCACCUGCGGCUCUUCCUCUCCUCUCAGGAGCAAACAGCAAAAAUCAAAUGACUCUGCUUUUGGGGGUAACAUCUCUCACUUGUUUCUUUCUGAAGAUGUCGCCACCAUCAGGACAAGUGUAACCUUUAAGCUAAAUGAAGGCAAGUGUAGUUUGAAAAAGGCUGAUCUGUUUCCCGAGGGUCUGCGACCAGUACUACCAGAGAAGCACAGCUCAGUAAAAGAGAGCUUCCGCUACGCAAACCUUACAUGCAGCUCUGGCAAGCAAGUCCCGGGAGCCCCCGGACGACCGAGCACCCCUAAGGAAAUGUUUAUCACUGUUGAGUUUGAGCUUGAAACUAACCAAAAGGAGGUGACAGCCUCUUGUGAUCCGAGUUGCAUCAUAAAGCGAACAGAGAAGCGGCUCCGGAAGGCCAUCCGCACGCUCCGGAAGGCUGCCCACAGGGAGCAGUUUCACCUCCAGCUCUCAGGCGUGGACCUCGAAGUGGCUAAAAAGUCUCCCCAAACAUCUGAACACUGGGCGGAGUCCUGUGGAGUGGGUCAGGGCCAUGUAGGAAACCAAUGUGUCAGUUGCAGGGCUGGAACAUACUACGAUGGAGUACAAGAACGCUGCAUUUUAUGUCCAAAUGGAACCUUCCAAAAUGAGGAGGGGCAAAUCACAUGCGAACCAUGCCCAAGACCAGAAAAUCCUGGGGCCCUGGAGACUCCAGAAGGCUGGAAUGCAUCUGAAUGUGGAGGUCUGUGCCAACCUGGUGAAUAUUCCGCGGAUGGCUUUGCACCCUGCCAGCUCUGUGCCCUGGGCACAUUCCAGCCUGAAGCUGGCCGUACUUCCUGCUUUCCCUGUGGAGGAGGCCUCCUCACCAAACACCUGGGAGCCACUUCCUUCCAGGACUGUGAAACCAGAGUUCAAUGUUCACCUGGACAUUUCUACAACACCACCACUCACCGAUGUAUUCGCUGCCCAGCAGGAACAUACCAGCCAGAAUUUGGAAAGAAUAAUUGUGUUUCCUGCCCAGGAAAUACCACGACUGACUUUGAUGGCUCCACAAACAUAACCCAGUGUAAAAACAGAAGAUGUGGAGGGGAGCUAGGUGAUUUCACUGGAUACAUCGAAUCCCCAAACUACCCAGGCAAUUACCCUGCCAACACAGAAUGUACCUGGACCAUCAACCCACCCCCCAAGCGCCGCAUCUUGAUUGUGGUCCCUGAGAUCUUCCUGCCCAUAGAGGAUGACUGUGGAGACUACCUGGUGAUGCGGAAAACUGCUUCGUCCAAUUCUGUGACAACGUAUGAAACCUGCCAGACCUACGAACGCCCCAUCGCCUUCACCUCUAGAUCCAAGAAGCUGUGGAUUCAGUUUAAGUCCAAUGAAGGGAACAGCGCCAGAGGGUUCCAGGUCCCAUAUGUGACAUACGAUGAGGACUACCAGGAACUCAUUGAAGACAUAGUUCGAGAUGGCAGGCUCUACGCAUCAGAGAACCAUCAGGAAAUACUGAAGGAUAAGAAACUGAUCAAGGCUCUGUUUGACGUUCUGGCCCACCCCCAGAACUAUUUCAAGUACACAGCCCAGGAGUCCCGGGAAAUGUUUCCAAGAUCCUUCAUCCGAUUGCUCCGUUCCAAAGUGUCCAGGUUUCUGAGACCUUACAAAUGAGCCUGCCCACGUGCCACUCAGCACAGCAUUGGGCUGUGGGCUGGUGGAACACAGCGAUCUGCUUCUGCAGCCAGCAUAGCCGGAUAACGCUGCCUCUAGUAGCAGUGCCUGGUUAGAGUUCAAUUUUUAUAGAUAAUACAGAUAUUUUGGUAAAUUGAA